AUGUGGAAUCCUUUCACGCAAAAUUUCAACACUUACCCCCAUCAACAAGUUGGGCAAUCUGGUUCCAAAGGUACUCAGUCCCCCGAUGAGGGCAAGAUUGAGUUACCGGGAGGAGGAUUCAUUCAGAAACCUGCGUCAGAGCUGCAAAGAGCAUCUGGAGUUCAUGCAAUUAAGAUUGAGCAACCAGAAGGAGGUUUCAUUCAGAAACCUGGGUUAGAGCUGAAACAAGCACCUGCAGGGAUUGAGUUACCGGGAGGGGGGUUCAUCCAGAAACCUGGGUCAGAGCCACAACAAGCUGGGAUUGAGUUACCAGGAGGAGGGUUCAUUCAGAAACCUGGGUCAGAGCCAAAACAACCACCUGUAGUUCAUGCAGUUCCUCCCAUGUAUUUUCAAUAUAACCCUGUUCCUAUUCCACCAUAUGUUCAGGCGGAUGAGUUUGAAACUCCUGAGGAGAGGUUAUCGCUCAUGAAUAAACUUGAAAUGAUGUUGGAGGAGAGAGAAGAACGAAAAAAGGAGUUAGACGAAUUGUGUGCUCAAGGCAAGAAUCUUGAACAAACUCUGUACAAAUUGAAUGUCGCUUUGGACUUUCACACCAGUGAGAUGACAGAACUUAAAAACACUCUUCGAAAAAAGAAAGAACAAAUGAAAUUUACAAUUCAGUCUAAAAGAACUGAUAAUACAAGAUUGCGGGGAAUUAUUCAGCAAUUACAGCUAGAGGAGACCAAGACUGCAAGCUAUAAAGUAAUAGCGACCGAAAGCAAAUUUUUGAAAGAGCAAGUCUCAAAGGCUACUGAAGAAAGAAAAUUCUUGAAGAAGAAAAUAGAUGAGUUAGACCAUAAGGCUGACGAAAUGGAGUUGAGAAGUAAGAUCAUCGAACAAGAAGAAAUAACUCUUGAGAAAAAUCUGAUCGCGUAUGUCCAGCAACUGGCCGGGAAUGGUGAACUGAAACAGCAACACGAUAGUUCUCGUUACGAGUUUGAUGAAGAGCCGGACAGUGUUGUGAAUACCAUUACAGUACAAGAUCAGACACACCCUGACCCUCAAGAAAGUUCUCUCCUUCACCCGCUUCACGAGGUGACCCCACAUAUUUCUGAAACUGAACUUGCUGAGCAACCCACCAUAAACGAAGCCGACCAGCAAGUUGAAGAAAUCGAUGACUCUGAAACGAUCGAGGUCCUCGAAGAUAACGGCGCACUCAGACCAAAAGUUAAGAAGGGUGGAUUUUUCUCUAGAUUACGGAGAGUAUUUCGAAGGAAACCGAAACAAGGCUCUGGAAGAGAAAAACGGGGCAAGAAAGAAGUUCAACGCAAUAAGAAGUGUAUUAACGAUCCCGAGCCCACGGAGGUUGUAACUGAGGUUACUGAGAAAAAAGACACAGAUCUUCACCUCACCGCUGAACUGGAAGGAGAAACAUCGGCUCAAGAAAUGAUUGAAUGCAACGAAACAGUAACAAGACUUUAAAGAUUAACUUGUUACACAAAUAUU